UACUCCUUUUAAGUUCUCAUUUUUUGCCCUUAAAACUUACUACUAGUAUGUUUGUUUGUUGAGAGAGAAAAAGAGAGAGAAUAAGAAAGAAAAGAGUAAGAGAAACUAAAAGUGUUGAAGUUGGUGGUAAUGGAGAGACACAAAUGCAAGCUUUGUUCAAGAACAUUUAGCAAUGGAAGAGCACUUGGUGGUCACAUGAAGGCUCAUCUUGCCAUAGCUAAGUCUCAGAAACAACAAACUGUUUUGUUCUCAAACUCUUCAUCGGAAUCGGAAUCGGAACGAGAACAAGAAGAUGAGAAAACUUUGGUUAGUUAUGGUUUGAGAGAGAAUCCAAAGAAGAGUCUGAAGAUUGCAGAUCCUGGAUUUUCUUUCAAACCUGAUCAAACUGAGUCUGUUAUUGUGCAAGAUAGAGAAAGUGAGACUGAGUCAAAGAAUAAUCCGACUCGUCAACAACGAUCUAAACGAAUCAGAAAACACAUCAACAGCAGCAGCAGCAACCACAACCAGAACUUUGAAUUGAAGAAACCAAAAAUGAAUUUCAUGGUGCCAACAGCAACGCAGUUGCCAUUCAUUGAUAGUACUGAACCUGUGAGUUCAGUUUCUGAUACUUCUCCGGAAGAAGAUGUUGCUAUGUGUCUCAUGAUGCUGUCAAGAGACAAAUGGAACAGGAAGAAUAACAUUAACAAUGUGGUGGAACAAGAAGAAGAGGGAUCGGUGGAGAAGAUACCGAAGGAGAAGUUGUUGAAACGUGUUCGUGGGAAGCAUUUAUGUGAAAAUUGCAGGAAAAUGUUCCGGUCUUCAAGAGCAUUGGGAAGUCAUAGAAGUGUUUGUUGUCGCGAUGAAGCGAGGAAUGACAGCGGUGUCCAUGAUAAGAUUUUCGAAUGUCCGUUUUGUUUUAAGGUGUUUGGUUCCGGUCAAGCACUUGGCGGUCACAAGAGAUCUCAUUUGAUUCCUUCAUCAUCUAAUUCCGCAGCCAAUGUUAAUGUUAAUGCUAAUCUGUCUGCUAGAUUCAAAGAGAGUUUCAUAGAUCUCAAUUUGCCAGCUCCGCUCGAAGAAGAAGAUGAUCUUAGCGUUGUUUCGGAAGCCUAAUUGUGUGGCUAUUUAAUAUUGGUUAAUUAUUAUUAUUAGUUCUUAAUUUGUUGGAAUUGGGUAAAAUGGUUUUAGUUUUUAUUUUUAUUAUUCAAAAUUGAUAGAUCAAAUGCUUUUUGAUUCUAUAAUGGUAGAUGAAUAUUAGUUAUGAUUCUCACCAACUGCUCUGCUAUGUUGUUAUUCGGUUACAUGAUGAAUUGGUAGUAAAAACAGUUGAAGUUUCUUCAUUGUAUGUACUGGCCAACAUGGUUCUUACUUGAUUGAUAGUACUAGAAUUCUUCAUACUUUUGCAAUGGGAAUUUGAGAUUUGGUUUUC